UCUGGUGGGCUUUCAAACUAAGUAUCCCCUUUCUUCCUUUUGCUGGGAAAAAAGAUUAUAAGCAAUUACUUACUGGCUCUAAUCCCACAGCAAGUUACAGUUUUUCUAAACAGAGAUCUGGCGCCAGUAUUGAACUCCAGUUACUAAGAUAGCUAUUAAUGAUGGUUAUUUCUGUUUUCAUCUUCACACAGAGUUUAUUCAUGUGACAUUUUGGCACGUCAGAAACCAAAAGUAAGAUAAUUGAAGGCGCCAAAUUGAAAUAAAAUAGGAAGAUCAUCAGCCGAGAAAGACCUGCUGGAGAAAGCAGAGGAUGGAAAAUAAAGCAAAGCAGUGUUUUCUCGGAUGUACUUCAGCAGGCCUUCUGAAGUUUAACUAAAAGUAUGACUGCUCUUUCUUCAGAGAACUGCUCUUCUCAGUACCAGUUACAUCAAACAAGUCAGCCCUUAGAUGGUAACUGUUUGCUAGUCUUGAUUAUACUUGGGAAAAUAAUACUAAAUAUCCUCACACUGGGAAUGAGAAGAAAAAACACCUGUCAAAAUUUUAUGGACUAUUUUUGCAUUUCACUAGCAUUCGUUGAUCUUUUACUUUUGGUAAACAUUUCCAUUAUAUCCUAUUUCAGGGAUUUUGUACUUUUAGGCAUUAGGUUUACUAAAUACCACAUCUGCUUGUUUACUCAAAUUAUUUCUUUUACUUACGGCUUUCUGCAUUAUCCCAUUUUCCUGGUAGCUUAUAUAGAUUAUCAUCUGAAUUUUUCUAAAGCCAACUUUCCAUUUAAGUGUCAGAAAUUAUUUUACUUCUUUAUAGUCGUUUUAAUUUGGAUUUCAGUCUUUGCUUAUGUUUUGGGAGAUCCAGCUAUCUACCAAAACCUGAAUGCACAAAAUGUUUAUUCUUAUCAGUGUCCUUUCUACGUCAGCAUUCAAAGUUACUGGCUGUCAUUUUCCAUGGUGAUGAUUUUAUUGAUGGCUUUUAUAACCUCUUGGUCAGAAGUUACUACCUUGGUACAGGCUAUUAGGAUAACUUCCUAUAUGAAUGAGACUGUCCUAUAUUUUCCCUUUUCCUCUCACUCUAAUUAUACUGUGAGCUCUAAAAAAACACUCUUGCCCAAGUUCAUUGUUUGUUUUCUCGGUACCUGGUUACCAUUUGUACUGCUUCAAAUAAUUACCCUUUUAUUUAAAGUACAGAUUCCAGCAUAUAUUGAGAUGAACAUUCCAUGGUUGUACUUUGUCAAUAGUUUUAUCAUUGCUACAGUUUUCUGGUUUAAUUGUCACAAGCUUAGUUUAAGAGAUAUCGCAUUACCUGUGGAUCCAUUUGUGAACUGGAAAUGCUGCUUCAUUCCACUUGCAAUUCAUAAUAUUGAGCAAAUUGAAAAGCCUAUAUCAAUAAUAACUUGUUAAUGUGUUGCCAUGGUUAAAACUUACAACUGAAGUAAGAAUCAUAACUUUACAAAACGGAAGAAUGACGACUCAGGACACACAGAGACUGAACUGAACUGAACUGAAGCCUCCCUCAGCCACGCCGCGCCCCCCCCUCCAAUGUUCAUACUUUUACAAAAUGUGUAUUUUAGGGCUGUGAUAUUAUUUCUCUUUUUGUUUGUUUUUUCACACAAUAAUUGCAAGAGAAAAUUUUAUACCUGUUCAGAAAAAUUGCAUGUUACAGAUAUUAACAUAAAAGUGAAAUGAGUUAACAUUUGGCCAUACUGAUGUUUGUUUUAUCCAGAAAGCUUCUGGAUGCAAACUGCUAUGUAAAUCUGAGAUUUGCUGCCAACUUUGAUAUAAACUUAAAUAAACAUUUUUAUUAAAUU